GUUUGUUUGUUUAGUUCCAUUAUUCGCCGUAGAAAAUUCAGAAGCUUUCUUCUUCCAAUUGAUCUUCCAUCAUUAAUGCCUCAAAACCCAGAUGACUUUUCUUCAACAAUGACCUUCAAUCAAACAUCCUCUCUGCUCAGCACUGUAAUUUGUAAGCUUUCCAUUAAUCUCUUUCUCUGUUUCACAAUGCAAAACCAGAAGCCUCUGGGUUCAGCAGAAAUCCAAAGAUUUCGAUAGCUACCAUUUCUUCUGAGUUUAUACAUACCCAUUCGAAUAUCUAUUGUAAAAUGAGGGGAUUCUGUUCUUUUGAUUCUUAGAGUAUUGGGUAUUGGAUUAGUUUUAAAGGGUUUCUUAAAAAUCCUUUAAUAGAUGCAAAAUGGGAUGGGAUCCCUUUUAACUUGAUUUCAACCUUCUAUCGCCUCUGGUUAUGAAUGAAACUUCUUAACUUGUUUGACUAUAGCAUUGGCGGAUUGUUGUCUUUUCUAAUUCUCUGAAUUAUUGACGGACUUGUCUUCAGCAAUGUCGGAGAAAAGCAUGCUUCCCACUAGGUUAUUUUUGUACUUGAUAACCAUAUCUAUGUUCCUUCUUAUCCUUUCUUCUUUAUUCAUUCUACAAUCCAACUACAAUUCAUUCUUCCCCAGUUCAGUACUCAAGUUCAUUGUUGUUAAUAAUACUUCAAAUUACCUAAAGCCCAAUGUGGAGAAUGAACCAAUGGAGCUUCCUACACAAGCUGUGGAAGCUCCUCCUGUGGAAUCCAAAGAAGCCAUUAGAGAUAGGGAUAUUAAUUAUCCAGUUUCUAAUUUUAUCAAGAAUGAAGAUUCUGUAGAAAAUCAGUCAGUCUUGGGUUGUGAUCCUGCAAAGGCUCGUUUGAGAGUAUUCAUGUAUGAUCUUCCACCUUUAUAUCACUUUGGAUUAUUGGGAUGGAAGGGAGAGAAAGAUCAAAUUUGGCCUGAUGUCAGUAAUAGAAGUCAAAUCCCAUCAUACCCAGGUGGGUUGAAUUUACAGCACAGUAUGGAAUACUGGCUUACACUUGAUCUUUUAUCAUCGAAUGUCCCAAAUGUGGAUCAUACUUGCACAGCUGUUAGGGUGAAGAAUUCAAGUCAAGCAGAUGUCAUUUUUGUGCCUUUUUUCUCAUCCUUGAGUUACAACCAACAUUCUAAGUUACAUGGGAAGCAGAAGAUUAAUGUGAACAAGAUAUUGCAGCAGAGGCUGAUGCAUUUUCUGUUAGGUCAGAAGGAGUGGAGGCGAACGGGUGGAAAGGAUCAUCUCAUAAUUGCACACCACCCAAAUAGUAUGUUGGAUGCGAGAAAGAAACUGGGCUCGGCUAUGUUUGUGCUUGCAGAUUUCGGAAGGUACCCAGCUGCAAUUGCAAAUGUUGAAAAAGAUAUUAUUGCUCCUUACAGACAUGUAGUGAAGACAGUUCCUAGUACCAAAUCUGCUACAUUUGACGAGCGUCCUAUUUUGGUGUACUUUCAAGGAGCUAUAUACAGGAAGGAUGGAGGAGUAGUUCGCCAAGAACUAUAUUACCUUCUGAAAGAUGAGGAAGACGUUCAUUUUACUUUUGGAAGUGUUAAGGGGAAUGGAAUCAACAAGGCAGGCCAAGGAAUGGCCUCAUCCAAGUUCUGCCUCAAUAUUGCAGGAGACACCCCAUCGUCUAAUCGACUUUUUGAUUCUAUUGCAAGUCAUUGUGUUCCUGUUAUUAUAAGUGACGAUAUUGAGCUGCCAUAUGAAGAUGUCUUGGAUUACUCAGAGUUUUGCGUCUUUGUCCAAGCAGCAGAUUCUAUAAGGAAAGGUUAUCUACUGAAUCUUCUUCGUGGAAUUGGACGAGAUAAGUGGACAAAGAUGUGGAAUAGAAUAAAGGAAAUUGUGCAUGAAUUUGAAUAUCAGUAUCCAUCUCAAAGUGGUGAUGCUGUUGAUAUGAUUUGGCAAGCAGUGUCACGUAAAGUGUCAAAAAUAAAAUCUAAUCGGAAUAGGAAGAACAGGUACCGUAGAUCUCAACUUCUCCUAAAGAACAGUUGAUAAUGAAAUCAAUGAACAUAGGAAGUUUUGUAGUCACUGAGAUCUAUAAUCCCUUCUCCAUAUUGCUGUGAUCUUGAAUCUUUGAACUCAAAACAGAGUAGUUUUGAGAUUAUAGGCUGUCUAGAAUUAAUCUCUACUCGAUUAUUCGUUCACUUAACUUGUAGAGUUUAUUGCAGCCUUAGACCUUAUCAUCUUCAUUCUUGUUCAGUUUUUGACAGCAUACAUUA